AUGGAUGGUACCUACACAAUUAAUUUAAUACCAAACGAUCUGAGCGUUGAAGAAACAAUUCUUCAGAUUGCCGAUGCUUUAGAUAAUCUUAACGGAAUAGUCGAUGACGUAUUCACACGAAUAUCUACUAAGAUAAAUAAGAAUAUGAACAAAACAAUAGAACUUCAAACGAGAAUUGAUAAGUCUAAAACAAAAGUGGAAAAACUUGCUGGAAUGCAAAAGGCUAUAAAACUGUUCUCUAGUGCUAAAUAUCCUGCAGCGAUUGUACAUGAACAUUAUCAAUCCAUCUUCGACAAAAACACAUACCAUUAUGAACCUAAAAGGGUAACGCUUAGCGGCAAAUCGAAGAGACCGUCUAAUGAAAAAGGAAUACAGGAAAAGCUUCAUUUCUUCCACGUAAAAGUGGCGGAACCGAAAAGCACAAGACUUAAACAGGAAAACCAGUUGGAAACGGUGAUUGAGAAAGUGUCUUCUGUGGGUGAAUUACUGAUUUUCAAUACAGACGAAAGUCCAUAUAUCGGUCUGCCCAGCAAACAACAGGCCUAUGUUCCGAGAGCAGUCACUGAUGUGAAAAAGACAGUUUUGGAUGAAGCACCCCCAUCUAUCAUGAAAGGCAAUGUACUGGCAAGAGAAAUCGACGAGUAUAUGUACGCACCGGGUAUGGGAAUGGUACCGGAACUGGAUAUGCCACUCGACCUCCCUCAUCUAUCAGGAGUGGCUGGCGACAUCCAAUAUUCAUUCACCGAUGAUGGUACCAUCGCGCCAUCCGCUGUAGCAUCACCUGUAGCACCCACAGUGACAUUACCAGAACUCCCCGAUGUCUCAGUACUGCCGGAUGUUAAGCCAGAUGUCCCGGAAGUGGUGGAAGAUGUAGUGGGUAAAGUGCCAGAUGUACCUGAUGCACCACCGGCUCCUCCGAUGCCAGUUUCGAUUCCGCCUCCGCCGCCCCCUCCACCGAUGGACUUCGUAACACCUGUUAAAACUCGCAGGGAAGAGAUCCCAGCACCACCUUCAGGAGGUGACGCUCAUGCUAACCUCAUGGCGGCGAUUCGCCAGGCAGGAGGUGCGGGCAGAGCCAAGCUGAAAGCUGCAGAUAAUAUAUCAGAAAAGGGGACAACCAGUGGUAUCUCGAAGCCAGGUGGGGACCUAAUGGCCGAUCUACACGCCAAGUUAUCGAUGCGUCGCCGCGGGAUAUCUGGUGCCGAAAGAUCGUCAGGUGGCACAGUUCUUCAUACUCUUGCCAGCAUCAUCCCCGAACCAGAGGAACAGUCUGAUCCACAACAGUCUUCGAGUGAUGAGGAUUGGAAGUGACGGUGGUAAAAAUGUUUUAUAAAAGUAUUAAAGUUGAUCGAAAUUCAUUUCUGUUUAAUACCGUCUUGGAAACUAAAAAAUCGGCCUAAUUAUUAUUAUUAUGUAUUUAAAAACACUAGCAGCUUAAUAAGCUGAUGCGCGCGUAUUUUGAAAUUUGGAGAAAAUAUCUAGUUUAUUUUAGAAGAGUUUUAAAAAUAAGACUAGAUAUUUUCUCCAUUGUAUUAUUCUUCUAAUGUAUCCCCUUAAUUAUAGUGACCGCUCAUUAAUUAAUUGUUUAUGUGAAGUAAAAUUAUGUCUGUGCUUGUACCACGAAUUUGUACUAAUCUUGCCCGAUUGACCUCACUAGGUAAUUGUUGCUUCUCGGAAAUGUUUAAUUUGUAAGUAAACCUGAAUUCACUCAAAUGUUUGAAAUUGUAAAUUUUAUUAUGGCCCCCGUACUAAGAAAUUCGGUAUCGUAUAUCUUACGCAAGUUAGAGCCAUCAGAAGACCUGUUCUUGCGGUUUUGGUAAACGUUCUUCUCGGAAUCGUCUAAUGUUACCGAAUCGAUUAACGAUGUUUACUUUUAGGUGAUUAAAGCGAUAUUAAAAUUUCUUCGAAUUGAAUUAGAUUUAAUUUAUAAACUGUGAGUUUCUUACUAAUGAGCUUUCUAUAGCUGUAUUCGUUUCUAUCCUUAAAAAGUACGGGCAUAAAUCCGUUAAAAUCGUAAUAUUUUUGGUUCCUGGAGGUUGUUAUGAUAAUCGCCCUUCUCACUAGUGACGCGGGGUCGCUUUCGUUUCGUGGAAGGUGCAGCGCAACAUAAACAGCCUUCGACGCAAACUAUCAACUGGUUCGGGUGAUUAGCAUUUCCAGAAUUGAGAAUAAAAACUUGUAAUCUACUGUAGAUAAAGGAUGCGGGAAUUGUACAAAGCCACGCUCCUAAUCAGCGGAAUUUGAUAGAUGUCUCGUUUCGAUUUAUACAAAUAAUAUUUAUUUAUACCUAUUACUAAAAUCACUCUUUAAAUAUAGAAAUUUAUAAGGAUCAAACUUUUAAUUACUUGCUCACGUUCUCCGUAUUUAAAAGUAAAUCAUUAUCUCUUAGAUGUUCGGCAGUUUAUUUAUUUGAUUAUUUGGCAAUUAGUGUUUUUAAAGGAUUCUUAUCCGUUCUAAAAAUAAAAUGUAUCAAAUUCGAGACAUGGCACGAAUGUGGUGAUUAAUAAUUCUUGUCUGUUAGUUUUUAUGUCACAUAUGUCUUAGUUUUUGUAGUUGUAGGACUGUCAACAUGUGUUUGGGACUAUGAGGCCCUAAAUCGAAAAAAAUCGAGAGAAGCGUAUUAAUUAUGUAUUUCUCCGAAUAAUUAAAAUUGAAUAUACAGAAAUUCUAAUACGAUUACCUUCGAGUUGCGUAACGUUUGUUGUAAUUGAGGCGUUCGGCGUUUUAAUCCGGGUAAUAAAGCUGCAAUGGAAAAAAUCUCUAGAAUUGGGCUUAUUUGUAGGUAUGUCGCUCAUUUGUAUGCAAGGUGCUAAAGCUACAGUUAGUUUCGACGAAUGAGCUUACGUGGAUUAACUUCACAUGAUUGAAGAGAGCUUGUUGAAUCGUAGAUAACAGAGGUGCUUGGUAUAGAUUAUAGCUUCCACAGAUUGAUAUAAAAUGAGGCAUGUCAAUAUAUAUUGUUAAGGUUUGAAAGAAGCGAUGUGAUCGAAAUGUUUUAGUAUGAAGAAAUCAAUUUGAAAAUCGUCUUAUUUUAUCUACAUACGUUGAAAAUUUUUAUUAAAAAUUAUUGUCUUGUAAAUGUUAGUAGAUAAAUCUAUAAUGUUCAAAAUUAUUCAUUUGCAAUUGUUAUGAUAUUAACAAAUUUUAAAAAUUAGCGAAUAGGUCAAUCGCAAACGGUUGUUGUUGAUUCAUGUUCUGCGCAACUUUAAUCUUACAUAAGCAUAUUUUUACAAUCUUCAGUUGUUUCGUCUAAACGCUUGAGUAAUGUGGACAUUUAUAUCUUUGAUAAAUUCUAUUAUAUGAUUCUAGAGAGCUUUGUCUAAUUAAACGUCAAUUAAUUAAUAUUACAUACUUCAAUGAAUUCAAUGAUAAGGGCGCGUAACUGUUUUUACAACACCGCAUACUAUAAAUGAUAGCUUUGAAAUAUAUUACGUAGAUGAAACUUCAGUUCAGAAAUACAUGAAGGAAUAAACUGUAUAAAAAAAGAAUUGAACUAAAACCCACGUUCUAACGGGAAUUUCUAUCAAUGACGACAGAAAUAGGCAUCCCCUUGUCAGGCAACGAUGAGAUUUGUAUCUUAAAUUAUAGACACCUCUAGAAUCAUAUAUUUGUAGUUAAAUGUAUUAGAUAAUAAUAUAACAAGAUAUUUUGUUGUUGACCAGUCCGAAUACGACCGUAAAGUUUUCUUUAAAAUAUCUCAAUUGUGACACUUAAUAGUUAACAUUCAUAACUUUGACAGCUGAUAUUAUGAUAAGAUAAUCAAAUUAAUUGAGCGUUACUCACGCGUAUAAAUGUUUGUCUAUACCAUUGUAACAAGCUAAUUGUGUACGCCAAUUACAUUGUUAUAGAUUAAUUAUUUUGCCCAGGCGAAUGUGCUAAAUAAAAAAUUAUAAACACAUUGUGUAAUAACAAUUGACAUGUUGACAGUUAGAAAAAUUGUCUUUAAAUAGAAUUGCCUCCAUUUUUAUAGUUCGUGUGCUUUAUCUGUAAUGUAGGUAAUUGUUAUGUGUAUUUAGUGCUAACAAAAGAGACGAGGGUAUUACUGUAUGCCUGAUAGUCUGAACUUGAAUAACGAAUUCUAUUUCUGGAGCUGUUUGGGAUUUAGCCUCUCACAUUGUACCUAUUCGUCCAUAUGUCUUUUGAUUCCUAUAAAACAAUCUGAAUAGUAUAAGGCGCUUGCAAACACGCUACAUUAUAAAAGAUUUGUUACUGUACAUAGUAUACCGCAGUUGUAUGUUUUACUGUAUAAACUAUUAAUGUUAAGUAUAUAAGUAAUUUUAACAAUUAGCUACUUGCCUUAUUAUAGAUGUUAUUAUGUUAAGUUUUGACUGAAGUUUUUAAUCUAUGUGUUAGAUUUACACUGCAUUUUAAAGUCGUCAAUGAAUAGUCAUGUGUUGUGGUUUAGUGGUAACUAAGUAAAUGCCUGCAUGUGUCCCGAAAUGUUUCUAGUAUGACGUAUGUUAAAUAAAUUUAAACCCACAUUUCUUCUGUCGAAUCGAGAGAUGUCUACUUUAAAGUUUAAAUAUUUGCUUAAAAUUGCACGAAGUUUUGCAAUACAUGUGGAUAAUUUUUAACACAUGUAAUAUAUUAUCUCUGUUUCAAUUUUUUUAAUAGUAUGUGUGCAAAUAAGUCGCAACAAAAUGUCAUACUAGGACCUCUAUAGAUUGUAACGUGUUGUGUUUGUAACUGUGGACUGUCAAAAAGUUCAUAGACAACGAAGGUUUAAUUAAAAUUAAAAAUGAAACCACAUUUCUGCUUAGCCAUCACAUUUUGGUACUGUAUUUGGAAAUAUUGACAUUUUGGUACUGUACACAAAAUUAUAUUAGCUCAAUUAUUUAAGAAAAUUUGGGCAUCUACUAUAUGACAGAUUUUGAAUUAUUUUUAAAGUACCCGCCUUAAUACAACAGCUGUGUUAGAGUCCAUCUUAUUUUAGGUGUAAUUUUAUUGUAAAUAGCCAUUUUUAAUCAGUUUUAAUGAAGUAUAUUAUAUGCAUACGAUGUUGUAUGGAUGGAUUUUAACUGUUUUAUGUAUGUACUGUAUGGCAAAUAAAAUAUUUAAAUUUA